AUGGCAUAGAUAGGUUACUAAAGUUGGGAUACUGAGGAGGUUGUGAUCUGGGCAAAUGCAGAAUAACUACCCUAUACUUUCUUAGACAUACUCAUAGAGAAAAAGAUCGAUGGAAGUUCUAUUCAUAUUGGAAUUGAGGAAAUGCCAAGUACAAGUGAAAGAAGAUUAGCUGCUAAUGCUUAUAAUAUCCUUAAGACAAAAGGUGCUGAUCCAUUCACUCUCAGAUUAGUUUGUAUGAUAUAAAAUAAUUAAUCAAUUAGGGUCCUUUAGAAUAAUGAAAAGUCACUUGAGAAUUCACUUAAAACAUAGAAGACAAGACCCACUGCAUUAUUAAAAGCAUUCUAUGAAAAUCUUCAUUUAACAAACUUGUUUCCUCUAUUUCAAACAGAUUUUGAUGUUGAACUCGGCGGAGAAGGAUGGAAAAAGCUAAUAGGAAAGUAUAAGACAUACGGUAAACCUUAGAAAUCUAGAAUACCUUCAUUCAAAAUGCUGAAUGUAUUAUUUGAUCCUAAGGAAAUUGCUGCUAAUAAUGAAUUUAGUAGAAUCGAUAACGAUAAUGGUAAAAAUGAUGAUCUAAGCCUUGAUAAGUAAGAAUCAAACACCCAUUUCUUGAGUAAAGACUCUUAUGAGGAAGAAUUAAAAGAAAAGUUUUCUAAGUUCAGCAUAGAUUAACUCAAAACGAAGAAAGAUUUCUACAAGAAAGAAAAUGUAGAGAUCUUAUUCCUAUAACUAACUUCAGAUUUUUAAGGAGAUAGGACAAGCGAUAUCCAGAAUAAAAUGAUUGAACUAUUUGGUAUCAAAAUUUUUAAGAAAGAUCUUAAAGGUCUCAGCCAUGAGGUAGAUGUCAAUACUCGUACUUUGAAGGAGAAAAUACAAUUGCUGAAGAAUAGAUAUCUUGAAUAUAAAAAUAAAGCCCAGUAGGAAGAAUAACAGAAAGAAGAAGAAAUGUAAGAAAGUUAGAAGCAAGAGAAUGCUAGAGCCUAGUUAAAAAUUCAUCCAAAUGAUAUAGAUUAUGGAGAUUUUGACCUGCUCAACUAAAAUCUAUAAAAUGGGAAAAAUGAUGACUCUGACUUGGAUUGA